AUGACGGUCGCUUACGAUCUGACCCAUCGAGGGUCGUCAACGCCUCAAAACACAGCUGGCUCGGCAUUGGAAGAUCGAUUCGAGGUUCUCAAGGACAUUGGAGAUGGCAGUUUCGGGAGCGUUGUUCUGGCACGAGUGCGUUCCGCAGGCUCUAAUGUCGCACGACGUGGCACUGUUAUUGCUAUCAAGACGAUGAAGAAAAGCUUUGACUCCUUUGCACCUUGUCUAGAGCUUCGCGAGGUUGUCUUCCUCAGAACCCUCCCCCCUCAUCAACACCUCGUCCCAGCAUUAGAUAUCUUCCUCGACCCUUUCAGCAAGAAGCUGCAUAUCUGCAUGGAGUACAUGGAUGGCAAUCUUUACCAACUGAUGAAGGCUCGCGACCACAAGUGUCUCGACACCGCGAGUGUCAAGAGCAUUUUGUUCCAGAUCAUGCAGGGUCUAGAACACAUCCACGCACAUCACUUCUUCCAUCGCGACAUCAAGCCCGAAAACAUCCUUGUAUCAACCUCAUCACAGCAAGACAGUGGGAACUCAUUCCGUCGAUACUCCGCCUUGGUCACCCCACCUUCUACUCCACCAGUAUAUACAGUUAAAAUUGCCGAUUUCGGGCUUGCUCGAGAGACACACUCUAAAUUACCAUACACAACAUAUGUCUCAACGCGAUGGUAUCGUGCACCAGAAGUCUUGCUUAGAGCCGGAGAGUACUCUGCUCCUGUGGAUAUCUGGGCAAUUGGUGCCAUGGCUGUCGAGAUCGCAACACUGAAGCCUUUGUUCCCUGGAGGAAACGAGGUAGAUCAGGUAUGGAGGGUUUGCGAGAUCAUGGGGAGCCCUGGCAAUUGGUACAACAAGGCUGGGGCAAGAGUCGGUGGGGGAGAUUGGAGAGAAGGCGCUCGACUGGCCAGCAAGCUCGGUUUCUCCUUCCCGAAGAUGGCGCCUCACUCUAUGGAUACUAUACUGCAGACUCCCCAGUGGCCUGCCUCGCUCAGCAAUUUCGUUACGUGGUGUCUGAUGUGGGAUCCUAAAUCUAGACCUACCUCAACACAGGCUCUGGCCCAUGAAUUCUUCGCCGAUGCAGUCGAUCCGUUGAGGCCUAAAUCAUCUUCAAAAAUGCUGGGCCGCAAACAUUCUGAUCUCAGCCAUCGCGGCUCAAAGGACUGGACAGAAAGUGCAGGCUCAAUUUCCAAGACAUCAUGGUUCAGGAAAUCCCUCAUUGGCCGAACAGACAGUGGCAAUCAAACACAGCAGGCCACUGGCAAGGAGAACGUUGCACCACGGCCGUCACCUGUCCAUGCCUCUGCAGUCAACGAUGUCCCAGUUGCUAAGACACGUGCACAAGCUGCAAAGCGGUCAACCUGGAACAACGGGCCUUCCAAUAUGGCUCCUAUGCCUAUUUUGCCAACCAUCAAGCCCAUCUCGCCAAUGUCAGACGCCGUCACGGCACAAGCUAGCGGUAGAACACCAUCAUACAACGACACCUACAACGGCGCCGGGCAGCGGUCGUCAGUGAUGCAUGACAAGGUUGCAAAGAAAAUUGGGCGACAGCUCUCCGUCGCGUCAAGUAACAAUCACUACGCGGAGAUCCACCGACAACAGGCGGAAAUGGCCCUGACAGGUGGUAGUGGCUUAGUGUCCCCUCCAAACGGCCAGAAGGAGAGUUUCUUCUCACACCUGAGGAAACGAGCUAGGAGGUUUUCAGGGCGCCAAUCGCAUACUCCUAUGUCGCCUAAAUCAAUAGAUAUUGAAGCCCAGGCUGGGUGUGGGCCAUGGGGCAGCAACAGAUCAUCAAUGGUCAUCGACAACAGCCAAUUACCAGCUCAGAAGGUUGAGACAUACGAGGCUCUCGACCAAGCCCUGCGUAGUGUUCAACAGAACUUGGAUACGUCUCAAAUGCCCAGUGCUCCUGUCCCGCCAAGUCAUACCAGCAAUACCAGCGGUGUGAGACGCCACCAUUCAUUACCCCAUGCACAGGCUCGAUCUGUUGAUAACUUGCGCGGCAUGGGACCCGUAUCAAGUAGAACCCGGCGAAGUCAGGCACAUGGUGUCCCGCAUUACGAGACCCCUGAUGAGGAGGACGAGUUAGUCGACGAGGCCUUGACAACCACACAUAAGGCAAUAAAGCGGAUGGAGCGGAACUCACUCCAGAACGACUCUCGGCAGCCACUGCGGCACUCGACCAGUAGCGUGGUAAUAACCAAUCCCUACCCAACGCCAUCGCCUUCUGCAAGCGGUAAUGCGGUGCUCUUUGGCCAGGGGACACAAGUGACUCCUUCAAAGGGCUCGCAGAACAACAAGCAAUCUUCAACGCCCCCCUACGACAACGAGGAAAAUGAAUGGGCCGCCUCUGCGGCUGCUAGCAUAUUCGCAGCCCAAAAUCGGUUUUAA